GAGAGGAGGAGAAAGAAGAGAGAAAGAGAGAGAGAGAACACAGAGCAAGAUAUUGUAGUUUAAGAGAGGGGGACAGAGAGCAGACAGUUUAAAGAAAAGGACAGACUUCCAGCACAGCAGCCAGCAGCAGCAGAGGCAGCAUACUGAUCCUCCACACAGUAACCUAGCUGUCCAGCCUGCCCCCCAGCCUGACCUCUCGCCACCCCAGCAAACAGCUGUCCAGCGACAGGAGAAAGAGAGGGGAGGGGGGCUCGACACACCAGGGAGCAGAAGGAGAGGAUCCCACUCGUCCCAUCCCACUGCAGCCUGCACUUAAAACGUCUCGAGCUGUGGCUUGGAAAGCAAGACAGACAGAUAGACAGACAGGCACAGGUGCUGCAGACGGCAGUCAUAGGGUAGGAGGAGACUACAGUUCCAGAGAGGAAUAGCUAGCUCGAGCUUCAGCCAGCACCAGUGAGUCCGGGAACCACACGCUACACACACACCUCUUCAGCAGUCAGCACUAGGACUGAAGACCUUCAGGAGGACAGUGGACACCUCCUUUUGACACAAACCAGGAGCUCAUCACAGCGAUUACAAAAGAUUCCGUCUCUCACAGUUGAAGUGUACAUACCUCUACAUUCUUUGAAAGUGGCCUGUUGACCACUCUGCAACGUCAUACACAACACUGGUGAGAACUUGGACUCCUGCUCAACUUGGAUUUCCUGAUUAAUGACACAAAGAUCGAACCUAUCUUCGGAGCAGGCAAAGACAACACAGCCGUUUCAUUGAGAAUGUAAUUCCACCAUCUCCGCAGGGAGACCUUGUGUUCAGUGUGAAGUUCUUCACCAAUCCUAACGUUCUAGGAGUGUUCUCCUCCCUUUGUCCUUUAUCUCUGAGCUCUAUUCAACAGUGACCACCAUGCCUGCCAAAGCACCCAUCUACCUGAAGUCCAACAACAGCAAGAAAGGCAAGAAGUGUCGUCUGAGGGACAUCCUGUCCCCAGACAUGAUCAGUCCACCGCUGGGGGACUUUCGCCACACCAUUCACAUCGGAAAGGGCGGCGAGAGGGACGCCUUCGGGGACAUGUCCUUCCUCCAGGGGAAGUUUGAGCUCCUGCCUGGGAAAGGUGAGGUGUUCCGUCCGCAAUACGGCGUCCACAAUGAGUUCCUGCGGGCCAACAGUGCAUCUGAUGCCCAGUUCACCGAGACGCCCUCUCCGGUUCUGAAGAACGCCAUCUCGCUUCCUUCAAUCGGGGGGUGCCAGGCCCUCACCUUGCCCCUCCUCUCCACCAAUAUGUUCUCUAUGCCCGUUAAGGAACCACUGGAUAGCAUGGUAGGGCGGGUUCCUACCCCUCCCCUAGGGGGCCCAGAUGGGACUGAUAAACUGGGGAUCCUGGAGAUGGAAACCCUGUUGUGUUCCAUUGAGGUCUUAAGCAGCAACCACACCAAACCUCCUACAGAGGUCACAACCAAACCAGACGUCCUGCUGGAUCUGAUAGAGAAACCAGAGAAGCCAAAGACCAAGAAAGUCUUCAAAAGCAAUUAUGAAAAUUAUAAUAUUGAAAGAGGUUAUGAAAAGCCUACACCAACCUACUACAUUAACGGCAACAUCAAUGGCACCUGCAAUGGUAACGAAGGCAUCAACGGCAACGGCAACUGCAAUGGCUUGGGAAGCUUUAACAAUGACAUUACCCUCUGCUAUGAAAAAGCGCUCUCUGACUGCAAUGGAGACUGGGUGGACAGGGACAGCGGGGUGGACGAGGGGCGCAUUUGCGACAUCGACUUUGAAUUCUGCAAUGACAAGAGGGUGUCACAGGACUCCAUCUCCUACAUCACUGGUUCCCUUUUGUCACUUGAACUCGAUUUGGGCCCAUCCAUUCUUGAUGAUGUACUCAACAUUAUGGGUGACCCCAAGUUAAAGACAAGACCUUGAACAAUGCUAAGGCUAGUGAGUUGAAAGGGAAAUAUAGAACUUAAGAGAGAACUAUGAGAAAAGACUCACAAACCUGUCAAAAUAUUGUCCAUGGCAUGUGGAUAUUAUUGUGAUGGAAAUUAACUUCGGUAUGCAGCGCUGCUUGUGUUGUUAUUUUCUGAAAUAUGUUUCUGUCUUAGCUUCCUUAGGGUUUCAAUGCUUUUUAUGUUUGUGCUUUGUGCUACAGGCAUUAGAGAUGCAUGCGCUGUUGAAUUACAACUAAACCCCAGCCUAUUUUGCAAUCUAUUUUAGUGUUUUUUUAGUGUUCUUAUCCCGGCUUUAGCUGUAGAUAAAAAAAGAUACGUGUUCUGAAGUAGUUAUUGCUUUGAUACACAAUCUAAAGCUCUGUUUCUCAAUAUCUAAAUAUAAUGCAUCUUGGUGACUUUUAAUGUGUUUAUCAAAGCACUAAUUUUGUUUGUCACAUGACCAUUUUAUUAACAAAACUACAAAGAUCCUAUGCAUACUAUACAGUACUUGUUUUUGUUAUAUAGCGUUAAUAAAUAAAAUGUGUCCUUUUU